AUGACCGAUAUAGUGGACCUGGAACUUAGGGUGUUGGAGGAGAGUGACUUGUCCAGUCACUUGGAGCUGUUGGGGCAUCUGACUGAGGCACCACCGUUGAGCGGGGUCGAACUCGCGAACAUCGCGGACAUGCGGAGGAGAGCUGGAAUUGUAACUAAAGUGUUCUGUCACCAACCAACUGGAGGGAUUGUGGGGUCAGCAUCUCUAAUGAUUCAACCGAAAUUCACUCGUGGCGGUAGGGCUGUAGGACACAUUGAAGAUGUCGUUGUAGACCCCUCGUACAGAGGGGCUGGACUUGGCAAAGCACUUAUCAUGGACCUUUGCGAAAUAUCUAGGUCGAAAGGUUGCUACAAAGUGAUACUCGACAGUUCUGAAAAGUCGCUUCCGUUCUACGAAAAGUUGGGGUUUCGAGCACAUGAGAGACAAAUGAGGCUGGAUUUGUAG